AUGAAAGCGGGAGCUAUCGGCUACAUUCAGACAUCAUUCCACUUUUCAGAACCUGUACAAGGCUUCCUCAGCCUAAAGGUGGCAGCAGCCAGCUCUACAGAACUCCGAGUUUCCUGGAACACCAAGUCUGAAGACAACAACGUGAAAUUGUACGAAAUUACCUGGUGGGUGCCCAGUUCCCACGAAGUCAGCAAACCUAAGGAAAAUAAAUUUACUAUAUUUACUCACAAUAACGAAAUCACCAUCGACGGACUAGAGCCACACACCACUUACGCAGUCCAGGUGGCGGCCGUCUGCGAAAGGAGGAAUGUUACGUGGCGCCACCAAUCGGCGAUCGCGACCGCUACAACCUAUCCCGAAGGUCUCGUACGUGUGUCUGGCGUCGCUUUAACAAACGAAAACUGCACGCCUUCUCUAUGCGAUGUAUCUGUGACGUGGAAAGUAAAGGCCACUACAUCGCGGGCACCCGUUCAGCUUGAGUACCACGUGAUCCUGUGUAUCGGUUCCGAAGUCGUCGGUGACAACUGUCGCAGUGAGACAGUACUCGGCGGACGCUCGUCCGUCAUCUUCUCUGGAGUGAAAACGUUCGCGGCUUUGUUCGCGACGGUACAACCAGUUAUCAAGACGCCAAGCGGCGUCUUUGAGGGUGACGCUAGCCUGGCAAGAGGUCGAAGCUGGACGCCUCGGAUACCCGGCGUCGAAGAGGUGACCGUGGCGGAUGUGACCGGAACCUCGGCCCACGCCUCGUGGCCCAAGGUGACUGAACUUGACGGAGUCGACGGCGGCUUUUACGGUGUAGUUGUCACCAUGCACCCCGAAUACGAAGAAGAUGAGGCCGUUUCUCCAGAACAGUCUUUUAGACAAUAUGACACUACAAACGAGAAACAGACUACCGGUACUGAUUCCAUGGAACGUGAUGUGGUCGUACGGAACGUGUCCGCGAGCGACGUCGUCAUCGACCUGCUUGACCUGAAGCCGCGGAGGAAUUACACCAUUACUGUGACUCCGGGUGUAAUGGGAAGCGGAGUGGCCAUAGCGGGUGACAGCGCCAGUCAAGUCUUCAAAACGUUACCAGAACCUCCGAGCAAGCCCAGGAACGUGUCUGUGGUGGAACGCCAAGGGGAGCACUACGUGACCUGGCUACCGCCAGAAUCGUGGAACGGGCCCCGGUCAGGCUACGAAGUAAGCGUCACCUGCGUCAACGGCCGCGUCAGGGCCAACAGCACGGUAGUCGCACUCAACGCGGACAAGACCGAGCUCAGGUUCCCGCACUUCAGCCCGGGAGUGCCGUGCACGGUAUCCGUGAGCGCUUACACCGUGUACAUCGGGGAGCCCCUGGACGGCGACAAAGUCAGGGUGCGCUUCACGCUUCCGAAGAACGAAUACGCGAACACCACGGAACAUUCGGAUGUGUAGUCCAGAUGGAUUACCCCGGCGCAGUGGCGAGGCUUAAAACUCAUUUUGAAGGUGCAGCACAGCGGAAACAAAUGCAAAAUAGCUCUUUGGUGCCGUA